CCCUUCCAAAAGGCAAAACACCAGCAAGAGAAGAAGCAUUCCUUUAUAUUACUCUUGGAUGGCAAAACUCUCAGAUCCUCUUGUUGUAGGGGGAGUGAUUGGGGAUGUUAUUGAUGCCAUCUCCCCAUCUGUGAAAAUGACAGUCACUUUCAACUCCAACAGGCAGGUUUAUAAUGGCCAUGAAUUCUUUCCAUCUUCAGUAAUUAACAAGCCUAAGGUUGAGGUUCAUGGUGGUAAUAUGAGAUCCUUUUUCACCCUGGUGAUGACAGACCCAGAUGUUCCAGGUCCUAGUGACCCUUACCUCAGGGAGCGCUUACACUGGAUAGUGACAGAUAUCCCCGGCACAACAGAUGCCACAUUUGGGAGGGAAUUGGUGAACUACGAGCUGCCAAGGCCAAACAUAGGGAUCCACAGGUUCGUGUUCCUCCUGUUUAAGCAGAAGCGCAGGCAAACCGUGCAGGCUAUACCAUCAUCAAGGGAUCGUUUCAACACCAGAAAGUUUGCAGAAGAGAAUGAGCUGGGGGUUCCUGUUGCAGCUGUCUAUUUCAAUGCUCAAAGAGAAACAGCUGCUAGAAGACGCUAAAAAAAAAGUGGCUCACGCCCAAAGAUCAAUGAUGCUCAACCUUCCACAUUGUACCACCAUUAAAAGACAUGUAAUAGCAGUAGUACUGGUAGUAGCGCCUAAUGUGGCUAAAGAAUAAACUUCUGGUGGGGGGCAUUUCUUAGGAAAUGUUUAGCCCUAAAGGACUAUCAGUUUAAG